AUGAAGACGACGUCCAUUUUGUUUGUAGUUAUUAUUGCAUGUAUAAGUGUUAGCUACUGCAAAGACUUAAUAGUCGGUACCAGUUUCAACAAUAGGUUACUUUGGCAAGAAAAAGCUGAAUACAAUGCAUUUCCAUUGAAGAAAAGAGUCAAAGAGGUCUUUUUUUCGGACCCUGGACAACAAAUUAUUAAGGGAAUUAUAGCAAGAGAUCUUGACCAUACUGAUGCUUCUGCCACAAUUACUGCUGGAGGCGUUGGCUUUUCGUACGCUAACCUCAGAUUGAAAAGUGAUAGAGGAUCUGGUCUUAAUUACCAAAUAGAAAUUUACGUAUAA